GCCACACUUUUUCCUACCCACCAAAAUAAUGUCUCAAAGUCCCCCAAUUAUCUUACAGUAAUCUCUCCCUAUAACCAUAAAAAAAGCAAUGGUGUAGAUGUUAGCCGGCGGGGACAACGACAGUUCGCUCUGUCGGCCGGAGCUGAGCAAAUCCGAACCGACACCUCGAGUCCUGACCAUGCUAUCCUUCGUGAUGGAGAAGCUGGUGGCACGCAACGACCAGCUAAGUCAGCAGGUGGAACCACAGCAGGAUGAGGUGGUGGGGAUGAUGAGGUGGGGGGGCUCGGUUCGGUUUGGGAAGAGCUUGAAUGCUUUUCAUGGAGUGAGAGCACCGAAUAUAAGCAUAGGGAAGUACUUGGAGAGGAUAUACAAGUACACGAAUUGUAGUCCAUCGUGUUUCGUGGUUGGGUAUGUGUAUAUAGACAGGUUGGUGCAUAGACACCCUGACUCACUCGUCUUCUCACUCAAUGUUCAUAGGUUGCUCGUCACUAGCGUCAUGGUUGCCUCCAAGAUCCUUGACGAUGUGCAUUACAACAAUGCAUUCUAUGCUCGAGUUGGGGGAGUAAACAAGGUUGAAUUGAACAAGCUUGAAUUGGAGCUGCUUUUCUUGUUGGAUUUUGGAGUUACAGUCAGCUCUCGGGUUUUCGAGAGCUAUUGCCUGCAUUUAGAGAAGGAGAUGCUGUGGAAUGGCCUAGGCCAGAAGGUCGAAAGGCCGCUAACCACUAAUGGUGUUGUCGGAGAUGAGACUUACAUAUUGGUGGAAGAUGCACAGAGUUCUUCACCCCCUCCUCCAAUGGCAGAAUGACUUGGUUUUUGCUUCAUCUUUUUCUUCUUCUUUUUUUUUUGAAUUAUUGUUCUUGUAAUGUUAUUAAUUAUGGCUUUUCUACAUUUUUAUUUGUUACAUA